AUGGUAUUUCUCCACUUCCUACUUGUCCUCUUCGCUGCUGUUCAGGGAGCCAACGAGAGUGACCCUAUUGAAGCGACUGUGAUCAGCAAUCAGGCCUACGAUCCCUCCAUGAACGACAAUCAUUUGCAAGUGUUCAAAAAUCUGGUACAAGAAAAAGUGAUCAAUGUGGGAGACAAAUUCUCCAUUCUUUACACUUUGACCAAUUUUGACUGCAAUGGGUUUAUCGACUUCGCUCGUGAGGGUAAAAGCAAUGCAAGAUUCGUUAAAGCUAUAAAAGUCAAAUGUGGAGACAAGCCAGAGACAACUAUCAAUUAG